AUGUCUUCUAACGCCCAAGUUAAAACCCCAUUACCACCAGCCCCAGCUCCAAAGAAGGAAUCUAACUUUUUGAUUGAUUUCUUAAUGGGUGGUGUUAGUGCUGCUAUCGCCAAGACUGCCGCCUCUCCCAUUGAAAGAGUUAAACUUUUGAUUCAAAACCAAGAUGAAAUGUUAAAACAAGGUACUUUGGACAGAAAAUACGCUGGUAUUACGGACUGUUUCAAGAGAACCGCUACACAGGAAGGUAUCAUUUCAUUCUGGAGAGGUAACACUGCUAACGUUAUCCGUUAUUUCCCUACUCAAGCUUUGAAUUUCGCUUUCAAGGACAAGAUCAAGGCCAUGUUUGGUUUCAAGAAGGAAGAAGGUUACACCAAAUGGUUUGCCGGUAACUUGGCCUCUGGUGGUGCUGCUGGUGCCUUGUCAUUGCUGUUUGUUUACUCUUUGGAUUAUGCAAGAACCAGAUUGGCUGCUGACUCCAAAUCCUCUAAGAAGGGUGGUGCUCGUCAAUUCAACGGUUUGAUCGACGUCUACAAGAAAACCUUGAAAUCUGAUGGUGUUGCUGGUCUUUACAGAGGUUUCUUACCUUCUGUCGUUGGUAUUGUUGUCUACAGAGGUCUAUACUUCGGUAUGUACGAUUCCUUGAAGCCUCUAUUGUUGACCGGUUCUUUGGAAGGUUCGUUCUUGGCCUCAUUCUUGUUAGGUUGGGUUGUUACUACUGGUGCUUCUACAUGUUCUUACCCAUUGGAUACCGUUAGAAGAAGAAUGAUGAUGACCUCUGGUCAAGCUAUUAAGUACGACGGUGCCUUUGACUGUAUGAGAAAGAUUGUUGCUGCUGAAGGUGUUGGAUCUCUAUUCAAGGGUUGUGGUGCUAACAUUUUAAGAGGUGUCGCAGGUGCUGGUGUUAUCUCAAUGUAUGAUCAACUACAAAUGAUCUUGUUUGGUAAGAAGUUCAAAUAA